UCAACUAUAGCAAAAAUGGUGAAAACUACGCCGGCUGAUCAACCCGAUGAACAAGAAGAGGUGAUCAUUGAGGUAGAAGAGAAGAAGAAUAAUGAUGGUCAUGAUGAAAAGGAGAAGCUGAAGAACGUUAGUAAUGGAGUUUUGCCAUUUCACAAGCUCUUGAGCUAUGCAGAUUCAGUGGAUUGGGUACUUAUGGUGUUAGGGACAUUGGGUUCUAUUGUACAUGGAUUGGCUCAACCAGUUGGAUAUCUCUUGUUAGGGAAAGCACUUGAUGCUUUUGGCAACAACAUUAACGACACUCAUGCAAUGGUUCAAGCACUCGACAAGGUUAUUCCAUACGUGUGGUACAUGGCCUUCGCCACCUUCCCAGCUGGAAUACUAGAGAUUGGGUGCUGGAUGUAUGCAAGCGAAAGACAAUUAGCACGGUUAAGAUUAGCCUUCAUGGAAGCUGUCCUUAGCCAGGAGAUUGGGGCUUUCGAUACUGAUUUAACAAGUGGAAAGAUCAUCACUGGAGUUACCAAUCACAUGAGCAUAAUAGAAGACGCAAUAGGGGAAAAGUUGGGCCAUUUCUUGUCGAGCUUUGCAGCAUUUUUCUCUGGAAUAUUGAUUGCAGCUAUAUGCUCUUGGGAAGUGGCAUUAGUUACCCUGUUAGUUGUUCCAAUGAUUCUGGUGAUUGGAGCCACCUACACAAAGAAAAUGAACGCUAUAUCCGCAGCUAAAAUGUUAUACCUAUCAGAAGCGACAGCCAUGGUUGAACAGGCUAUAUGUCAAAUCAAGACAGUUUUUUCAUUUGUGGGAGAGAAUCAUGAAAUCAAAUCUUUCUCACAGAGCAUGUUCAAGCAGCUUUCUCUUGGUAAAGGGGAAGCACUGGUAAAGGGAGUUGGAACUGGAAUGUUUCAAACAGUCACUUUCACUUCCUGGGCACUUAUCAUAUGGGUUGGAGCCAUUGUAGUUACCGCCAAUAGGUCAAGUGGAGGAGAAGUUAUAGCUGUGGUUAUGAGCAUUCUCUUUGGAGCUAUAUCACUGACCCAUGCAGCUCCAGACAUGCAAAUUUUCAAUCAGGCAAAAGCUGCAGGAACUGAAGUUUUCCAGAUCAUCCAGAGGAAAUCACUCAUAAACCACAAUUCAAAAGGAAAGAUGCUGAAUGAGGUUGAAGGCAAUAUUGAUAUACGUGAAGUACACUUUGCAUACCCAUCCCGGCAGGAAAAUUUAAUCCUUAAAGGCUUUUCAUUAUCAAUUCCUGCUGGCAAAAUGGUGGCAUUAGUCGGUAGCAGUGGCUGCGGAAAGAGUACCAUUAUCUCCCUAGUUGCAAGGUUCUAUGAUCCCCAGAAAGGUGAGAUACUCAUUGACAACCAUAACAUCAAGGAAUUUGACUUGAAAUUUCUUCGAAGAAACAUUGGAGCAGUUUCCCAAGAACCAUCGCUUUUUGCUGGCACUAUCAAGGACAAUUUGAAAGUAGGAAAUAUGGAUGCUAAUGAUCAGCAAAUACAAGAUGCGGCAUUGAUGGCGAAUGCACAUUCCUUCAUUUCACAACUUCCAGAUCAAUACUUGACACAGGUAGGUGAAAGGGGAGUCCAGUUAUCAGGAGGACAAAAGCAGAGAAUUGCCAUAGCAAGAGCCAUUCUUAAAAAUCCUCCAAUUCUUUUGCUUGAUGAGGCUACAAGUGCACUUGAUUCAGAAUCAGAGAAGCAGGUCCAGGACGCCCUUGAGAGGGCUAUGGAAGGCAGGACAGUUAUCUUGAUUGCACAUAGGCUGUCAACUAUUGUCAAUGCAGAUAUGAUAGCAGUUGUGGAGAAUGGACAAGUUACUGAGACAGGAACACAUAGCAGCUUGCUGGCUACCAACAACUUCUACAUUAACUUAUUUAACAUGCAGAAUAUCAGCACAGUUGAUGAUUCAAGGUUUUCACAAUUAAAUUUGCUAUUCCUUCAGCACAAAAUCCAACACACUUCUGAAGAUAUCAACCAUCAAAAUGCAAUUAAAAAAGUUGAACACCAUGACAAAUCUAGUGAUUUCUGCCUGGAUCCGAGCCAGUCUUCAAAGCAAGAGGAACAGAAACAUAGAACAAAGUCAGCUAUAUUCUUCAGAAUCUGGUUUGACCUCAAACAGAAAGAGCUUUUAAAAACUGCUAUAGGCUCCUUCGCAGCUGCUUUCUCAGGCAUUUCAAAGCCUGUUUUUGGAUUCUUCAUUAUAACAGUGGGAGUAGCAUACUACAAGAAAGAUGCAAAGCGGCAAGUUGGAUGGUAUUCAAUCAUUUUUGCUCUGAUAGGAUUGCUGUCAUUUUUCACUCACACCUUGCAGCAUUACUUCUUCGGGAUAGUUGGAGAGAAGGCCAUGACAAACCUCAGAGUAGCAUUGUAUUCAGGUAUAUUACGCAAUGAGUUAGCAUGGUUUGAGAAACCUGAGAACAGUGUUGGUUCACUUACUUCCCGGAUCAUUCAUGACACCUCCAUGGUCAAAACAAUAAUUUCAGACCGCAUGUCUGUCAUUGUUCAAUGCAUCUCCUCCAUACUAAUUGCAACAGUGGUUAGCAUGGUUGUUAACUGGAGAAUGGGUCUUGUAGCUUGGGCAGUGAUGCCUUGCCAUUUCAUAGGUGGAUUAAUUCAGGCCAAGUUCGCCAGAGGAUUUUCAGGUGACUCUGCUGCCGCACAUUACGAACUUGUUGCACUUGCUUCUGAGUCUGCAGCAAACAUAAGAACCAUUGCAUCCUUUUGCCAUGAAGAGCACAUCCUCAAGAAAGCAAAAAUAUGCCUGGAAAAGCCAAAGAAGAAAAGCAGGAAGCAAAGUAUUAAGUAUGGGCUCAUUCAAGGUGUCUCCCUUUGUUUAUGGAAUAUUGCACAUGCUGUUGCACUGUGGUACACAACACGUCUAGUUGAAAGACAUCAAGCAAGCUUCGAAGAUGGCAUAAGGUCUUACCAGAUUUUCUCCCUCACAAUACCUUCAAUCACCGAAUUGUGGACACUGAUCCCUACUGUCAUAUCUGCCAUCAGUGUAUUAACCCCAGUAUUUGAAACCCUUGAUAGGGAAACUGAAAUUGAACCAGAUGCACCCAAAAAUUCACAUGUUAAGCAGAUAAUGGGGAAAGUAGAAUUUCAGAAUGUCAAAUUUAAGUACCCACUAAGACCAGAAGUGGUGGUUCUCAACAAUUUCAGUUUAAAAAUUGAAUCUGGAUCAAGGGUGGCCCUAGUUGGGCCAAGUGGUGCUGGAAAGUCCUCAGUUUUGGCCCUUUUGACCAGAUUCUAUGAUCCUGAAAAAGGAAGGGUGCUAAUUGAUGAGAUGGACAUCAAAGAAUACAAUCUGAGAAUGUUGAGGACACAAAUAGGCUUGGUGCAACAAGAGCCACUUCUUUUUAGUUCUUCAAUUAGAGAUAAUAUCAUUUAUGGUAGUGAGGGGGCUUCAGAAACGGAGAUUAUUAAGGUGUCAAGGGAAGCUAACAUUCAUGAGUUUAUAAGUAACUUGCCUGAUGGAUAUAAUACAGUUGUUGGUGAAAAGGGUUGUCAGCUUUCAGGUGGACAAAAGCAACGGAUAGCCGUGGCUAGGACUCUACUAAAGAGGCCAGCAAUUUUGCUCCUCGAUGAAGCAACAAGUGCCCUAGAUGCUGAGUCUGAAAGAUCUGUAGUGAGUGCCCUGGAAUCGAUAAAUCUGAAUAGCAACGAGAGUUCCUUAUACCGAACCACACAGAUUACAGUUGCACACAGGCUUUCCACAGUAAAAAACUCGGAUACAAUAGUUGUUAUGGAUAAAGGUGAGAUUGUGGAGAGAGGUUCUCAUUCAACACUAGUAACAAUGUCUGGUGGUGUAUAUGCUAGGCUAUACCAACUUCAAAACUUGACAGAAAGUUAAUAUAAUCAUUUUUUUCACCAUGAAA